UUCGCACUCUUUACGCAUUUGCAGUGAGAAAAAAAAGAAAAGCGCUCUUUUUCAAUUUAAAUGGAGUAAUUUGCAUUGGAAGCGAUAACUUUGCUGCCGGACAACAACAUCUCGGUUUAUUGGUCCAGCGGCGCGCAGUGUCAGCCUCUGACGCAGCCGCAGCACCUAUCCGAGAGAGGAACACUGCACCUGACGGCUCCAUCCCCCGACCAGCCGCUCUUUUUCUCCCCAUCACGACCACUCCGGCUCUGCAGUGCAGAGACUGUUGCGUUUUAUGGAAGCGGAGUCCGUGCAACCUGUCGUGGUCAUGCUGCCCCCCAAGAACUGCCUUCCGAGGAACUACAGCUGCAUCGCCGGGCUGUUCGGGAGCCUGGCGGCAGCCAACUCCCGGCUGGACGAUGGGGAUGACUUUGACAUCGUGAACACGACGUGCGAGCCCAUCGAGAACCCGGUGGUGGAUGAGAGGCCACGGGGCAGGGAGGUUUUCCUGAAGCCGCCACAGAGUCCGAACCUGCGGCGGAGGUGCAAAUCGCUGCCCACACCAUCAGAGAGGGCAAAGUUAGAGAUCUCCCGCAGCAGAAGUCCGACCAGCGAGAAAAAGGUCCGGUUCGCCGACUCCUUGGGUCUGGAGCUCAUCUCAGUGAAGCACUUUGACGACACGGAUGUCCCGGAGGUGCCCGAGCGCAUUUUGGCCAAAUUACCCAAAGGACCGCUGCACCUGAACCAUCUGGACACGAAGUUCCCGCGGGCCCCUGCGCAGUCUGUGUUUAUGGAGUUGCAGUUCACCAGUCCUGGCACGCUACCCGGUUUCGAGCACAAAGUGAGAGAGGUGAAAGUCUCGCUGGAGAGCGUGGAAGCGGACGAAUUCAGCCUUUCCGGGUUCGUGCGCGUCUUGAACCUGGCUUUCGAGAAGAGCGUCUCUCUGCGCUACUCCCUGAACAACUGGAUCACAUUUAUGGACAGUUUGGCCUCCUAUGUUCCCGACUCCAGCGACGGCGUCACCGACAAGUUCCGAUUCAAGAUCGUCAUGCCCACUUAUCUGGAGAACGGGGGCACGUUGCAGUUCGCCAUCAAGUACUGCGUCGGCGGGCAGGAAUUCUGGGACAAUAAUAACGGAAACAACUACAAAGUGAGGCGUCACCGGCUGAAGAUGUCCCCGCCUCGGGAAUGGGAGAACGGAUGGAUUCACUUUAUCUGAGCUUCACUUCGUGUGUGCGUAAUUUGCGCGUAAUUGAUCCCCGGGUACCUGUGGCCAUGGUGUUAAAAAAAAAAAGAGAGAUUUUUUUUCUGCCAUUGUUAAGCUGUGAUAACAGAAAACAUGUUCCCUCUAUUUUCAGAAUAGCUGCCCCCCCCGCUAUGAAGACACAUAGUGUUUAAAACUACCGAAUACGCCUGGAAUGGGUUGUUGGUUUGUGGAUAUUGUUGGAUAUUAUGCCUUGAUGUCAGGGCUCUGUACAGCUCGGUGCCCUUUGGGAGGGCAUGACCAUGUUAUGUAAUGUAGAUAGAUACACGUGCCACGGAAAACGUGCCGAGCAAUGCCAACUUGGGGCAACGCUGCUCAUUUCGGGGACAUACUGUACACUGAUUUGAUGGCACGGUGUUCCGAAAACAAAACAAAAAAAAAAAUGUAUACAGUGCAUGUGUGCAAACAUACCGGCCUAUCGGGAAGCAGAACGCCUCACAUCCUGGAUGAUGUGGACCCCAGACCAAGCAAGUAGCGUCCUCCUCUCACUCAUGUCUUACCUAGGAUAACGAGAAAUAAAAUAUUUAGAAAGUUAAUUUAUUUUAGUUUUUAUUUACUUAUGGGAUAUUCAAUGCACCAUUUUCUACUCGUGACAUUAAAUCGCCUUAUUCUAAGAUGUGUUGGAGGAGGAAGUGCAUUGGAUGUUCUACAGUUUGUUUUCCCCAUUAGGCUUGAAAAGAACAAAGAUAUCAGUUUAUUAUUAAUGUUAAAAUUAAUAAUAAUUUAUCCAGGGAAAUAAAUAAAGAACCUUGCCUUUCAGACAUAAAUGCAUAGCUUUUCAACAGCCAUUGCACAUUAUGUUAUUUGGGGGGGGGGGAUAGUGACUUUUAGUAUUUUUAUCAAAAUAUUGAGGUCUAACCAAAGUAUAUAGAGCCUGACCUUACAUGUAAAGAAAAAUUUUAAGCUAAGCUUACACAUGCCACUGAAUCACAUAAGCUUUUCAAUCCUGAGCAAAUAUGAAUAUUGGCUGUUUGAAAUAUCAAAUAUACCUCAGAUCACCUGCAGACCUUUUGCUGUCCUCUACAGGUUGAACAGAAGCUAUUUUAAAGAUAACUAACCCAUUUAGAUCAAGCAGUAAAAACGCUUGCUCCCUUCUCGGUUUUCAUUAAAGCAGCUCUGUGUAGACGCAGGCUGUCACACAGAAGACUGUCUUAAAUCAACUGUUGCUGCGCUAAAGAUACACCAUAGCCAAAAUCACUGUGGGAAUAGUGCAGCUCCCUGAAAUAAUUACAAGAAAACCGUUAGACCCGCUUUACGUGCUGACAGCCACGUCCUUAAAUCACAUUUUGUAAUAUUGUUUCAUUACUCUUCGACUGAUGUUAGACAACCAUUUUGUCUUUCCAGACAACAGCGUGUCUGAGAUUUGUAUAGUUUUAUUUCAUUCUGUGGUAAGUCGUCUUCCAGACCCCCUCGCUUUAAUAGGACAUACUGACACUAUUUUGCAAUAAAAAAAGCUUCUGUCCUAUUUACCUAUUAACCCAAAAACACAGAUCUUCAUCAUGCUUUACAGAUGUGUUCAGACUUACAUAUAGAGUGGAGAUUCCAGAAAAAAGGACAACAGACAUACCGGUAUUGCUUUUAAUGUUCGUGCCCUGGCUGCAGUCUCCUCAUCCUUCACACUUUGUUUACAUCACCGUGGCCUCAGAGGCAAGCUUUCCAUUUUAAUGAGGCCAUCAGAUUAGGAUGUGGAUGGAGACUAUUCCUGUAACCACUUAGUUUUUGGAGCAGUUCCACUGUGAAUCCAUCAGUACUGUUUGUCUCAAACUUUGACAAGAUCGUGUCAUGACUUCGAUGUUAGGUUAGUUUUUGACGAGAGAUAAGCUGAUGAUAUUUGCUCCCAGGCAGUUUAGCUUCGUCAAGUAUAGAGCUGCUGUUCUCUCGCCUGUUCCUUUGAAUAAAUGGUGGAUGUCAAAGUUCGGGUCACGGCAGAGUUUACUGUAUGUAAUAUUGUUAGCUCUGUGAGGACUUGCUUUGCAUGUCGUCUGCUUCUGUCUGUGUAGUGUUUCGCUCAAGCAUCCAUGCAGUACAGUACCAGAGAGCAUGAGGUGACUGAAGUGAGCACUGGGAAAUGCAUCAAUACCAAUUUAUCACUGCCAACACAGACCGUGCUCUUUAGAUUUAACACCUGCUCUGAUUUGCACUGAGAUGUAGCCCCGGGGUUUGUGCAUUCAAAUAUCAAGUCUUCUCUGCUUUCUCUUUAGUUUCAACUUUCUGAAUUCUAGAGCAUUUUAAGUUAAAACAUACAUAAUAAUAUAUUGCUAUUGGUGCAUUCCUACCAUAUAACAGAUGAAGGGCUUCUGGUCUGAGUAGAUUUUCACCUCAAUGUAUCAGAACUCACUGGUAAACAAAUAAUAUGUACAUGUGUUAAUAUUUCAUAUUGAAUGUCCUCCUGUUACUGUUGUAUGUUGUGUGUGUUUUGAAGCAUUUUAAAAGCAAAACUGAAAGAGAUGAAUGGUAAAAGUUUAUUACUUCUUAAAGCACACUUCCUAACCCAAUCUGUCUUCUGACGGUUUAAAAUAAGGAUAGUAAUAAUAUUGGAAAUACCACAAAUUAGACUAUUUUGUCUCAACUUAGUUCUUUCUUUUUUUUUUCUCUCUCUCUUUUGACUGGUAUUUAACGUUGAGACAUGGCAGGGGCUUCCCUGAAAGUUUGUGCAAAAAGAAAAUAGUGUAGGUCAAAGAAGUGUACAUAUUGGAAGUCCUCUGUGCACGUCGGUGUGUGCACACUGCCUUAUGAAACUGUGAGUUCACCUAAGGACAAGCAAAGCAAGCACGAAAAUGGAACGUGUGUUCAUCAAGAAGGAACAUGAAGGUGAACGUUGCACAUCGGUGAUGAAUUUGUCAGGCGAAAGGUCAAGGUUCGAAGCACAGUGGUGCUUGAUAACUUUCUGCAUGAAUGACUUAUGAUUGUAGCUGAUGCUGAGAAGACUCAGUGGAAGCAGGUCUACUGCAGCGAGAGUAGAAAAUGGGAUGUGUGGCAUGGAAAUGAAAGCUUCUCCUGUGAAUAGCUUCUAAACAUUUUGUUUUCUCACUGAGACUUACAUUGCACUUUUAUUUCACUAUGCGAAGCCUAAAUCACCUCUCUCUAAUUUAUAACCAUUUUAUGGCACUUUUGUUUCUCUUUUGUCGUUUCUUUAACUCCUAUGCAACCUUUUUUGUGUCGUGCCAUCUGCACUGUGAACUAGCCGUCAAUCGUUUUAGUGACUUUCAACCAUGUUUGCAUGACGCAUUUGACAGUCUUCUUUAUUUCUAAAGUUUUGUUUAAUGUAAGCCAUACUUUGUUGAAAUGUUGGUUAAUAAAGGCAUCUGUGA